AUGAGCUUCCAAGAGGAGGAUGAAUGGCUUGGCCUGGGCUCGGGGUUCGUGUUGGACGAUGCAUUCAAAUGCACCAGUCCCCUCGGUGCCGACACUUCACUUCAGGUGCCUCUGCGAGAACCCUCACCUAUCGCGGUCUCUCCACAAAAUCUUAUGGACUUUUCGUUUGGUGAUAAUUCCCUCGCGGUCCCAAUGCGGGAAUUCGGGUUCCAAAGUGGAAAUGACCCACCACGGUUGUCACCUGUUUCAUCGUCAUAUCAAUCCAUGGCUCCCCUACAAAACAUGUCAUACGAAAUGUCGAGUUCUGUGAUGCAGGAGGAGUCAUAUAAUUCGUUUGAACAGCCCUCAGUAGUUGUCAAUGGUCACUAUCAAACCAUGGAACAGCAGGUUGUCCAACAACAACCUCAACAAGGAUAUUUUCAGCAGGCUGUUUCUGAUGCACCACCUCAACAAGUGAUGUCCACAUCGCAUCAGCAGCAGGCUCCAUCUGUAUCUGGAGGCGGCAGCAGUAAUACGUCGGGCUCACUGGUUCAACAAAUACUUAGCACACCAUCUACAAGGCAGACACCAACGCCUCAGCAUAAUCAACGCCAACGUCCUAUCCAGCCGAAAACGCAAAAUAAUGGACGAAAAAGGGGAUCUGUGAAUUCUCAUUCUGGAGCGAAUAAGUCGACGAAAGUCGAUCACUCAGCGAAUAGUACGAACCAAACGGAAGUUCGCUUCAGUAUGUCCGCACUGACACGGAUCACGGAGAUCGGUGCAGAAAUGGCUCAAUUACAAGAACAACAGGAAAAGCUCGGAAUAAACAAUUCACAGAGGCUCAGUGAAUUACAAGCUCAACGGGCGAGUAUUCUCUACGAGGCUUUGAGCUCGCAAAACGUUGGCGAGACGGUGUUGAGUCAAGUGAAGCAGGUUGCUGCUGCUGCUGCUCCUACUCCUCAGCCUCGAUCAGCACCCCGCUCUCGAGCAAGUCAUGCCAGCCGCCAAGCAGCACAUUUCGAGACCGGUCACGAGUCACCGCAGUAUCAACCUCAGAUGUAUUUGGCCAGUCAUAACCAGUUUCCGAGCACGAGCACUGCCCAAUUCCAAGAGUACAGCACUGGAAACGCUAAUCAGACCCAGAUAGUCCAUCAACAGGAGCAGGUUUGUGCACGCAAUCAACAGCGGACGUACAGGACUCAAAAUGCUGCUACCACUGUGUAUCAUGCCCCAGCUCAGCUGCCACCGGGGACUGUAUACGUGCAGAACGUACCACAAGCAGCACAGGCUCAAUUUACGUCAUCACAACCAACAGUCGGUGAAGUUGUGCGGCAGCAGCAUCAGUUGCGGCAUGUUUCUGGAGCUCAGCAGGUGAUUGUACAGCAGGUAGCAGCAGGUCCACAAGUUGUGGUGGCCACUGGUAGUCAACCCAUAGCUGCUGCUCAAAUUCGAUCUCAAAUUGUGCAGCAGUCAACAAUUCCUGCUCAAAUUGUUCUCGCACCUCCUGUUCAGCAAUCUCCUCAAGUGGUGGUACUUGCUCAUCGUGCAUCUCCAGCCCAAACUGCUAAGCGUUUAGAAGAAAAGCGAGCAAGUCGAUUGAGUCGACUGCGGAACUAUUUUGAAAAUUUGCAUACGGCUCUGGCGUGUCCGGAUACUGAGACCCCAUUUUCUGAUCUUCGCGAUGUUUUGCAACGGUUAUUACCAUAUCACGCAUACGGUGAACCGAAUCUCAGUGAUGAGCAUUUGGAACAAUUCGAUACUAAUUAUAUGCGGACCAACAUUAACUUAUAUGAACAAAGGAAGCAUUUAGAAAAGCGGUUACGAAAGGUGUUAUUCGAUGAGGCAUUGCAUGGUACUGAAGCUGAAGAACGGAAUUUGUUGCUAUUUCUUGAUGGUGAAUAUGAAAAGCGAAAGCUCGAGGAAGAGAAGGAGCUCGUAAAGCAGGGCAAUAUCGCGUUGGUCCAAUAUAGGACCAUAAUCGAAUAUGUUUUGGAUUAG